CUCACGAGCCACCGUCGGCCGCGCAACACACGUGACCGAGUCAGUUGACAGGGCAAAACACGGCAGCGGAGCAGAAAGACAGGAGACAUGGACCAUCAUCGAGUGGACAGGGUGGGCCUGCUGUCUCCUCUGGAGGAGUCCAGCGCUGAGAUCAGCAGAGACAGCGGCAUUGUCUCCCAAAGCGCGAGCAGCUUGUCCAUGGUGAGCGAGAUCCUGAGCAGCGGGACCGUGUCGCAGAGCCCCAGCUUUGGCGCAGCGGCUAACGUGAUCCCUCGAAGCCCGAGCCUCAACGAAGAAGCAGAGCCCGGGACGACCGAGCAACACUACCCGGAGCUGGACGAGGAAGUCCUGAGACACACCGCCCUCAGCUACUCCUCCUACAUCAGGGCCACAGCUGGAGAGGAGAUCCUGUGUUUGGAGAAGAGCUUGGAAGAAAUGCUGACAAGAGUUGAUGAGUUUGUUGGAAUGCUGGAUAUGAUCCGCAAUGAUACCUCCCAGAUCGUGAAUGAAAACCUACCUCAAAUCCAGCAGAAGUCUGAUGAAAUGAGACAGAUAUACAGAAGAAUUGAUAAGUUAGAGGCCUUUGUAAAGAUGGUGGGAGCUAAUGUGAGCGCGAUGGAGGAGCAGGUCUUGCAGGCAGAGGGAGAACUAGGAACACUACCGGGUGCUUUCAAGAAGAUCCUCCGCACAAUGACUGUCCCAGGCUUCUUAAAUAAACCGGCAAGCCCAAGACGACAAGCGGCACAUCAGCGUCAAGACAUCCCCAGCGUGUUCCGGACAGAUGAUUAUUUCACAUCACAGCCAGAGCAGUGACACGCUAGAACACUUAACAACAUAACACUUGGUUCUGACCUCAGAGGCCUGUUGGGUGAAAAUGUAGAGACAACUUUUACUGCCAUCCAUUGCAGGAGGACCUAUUGGUGCGGUGGCCUCAACAAAGCAAUAGUAGCCUUUCUGAACAAGUCACUGGAAGUCAAGUGCGUGAAGACAUUCUGCGUUUUUUGAGCGUUUUUCUGGCAGCAACAAGCACUGAACUGUAGCGAAAUCAUUUUAAAAGUGCCUGAAUGGGUCUUAUUUCUGUCUGUCUUGUUUUCACUGUUUGUGAUGAAAACAAUGUCAGAUGUUGGAUUUGUGACAGGUCAAGAGGACAACGUCAUCCCAGUUGCCAAUAGGACACUAUAAAGAAGGUACAAUAGGAGAAGUUGUAAAGAUUUUAAUGUAUUACAUGAUGAAUUAACCCAGCUUUUUUUAUAAAUUACAUUCCUAUUACCAGUGUUUGUAAAGACCUGCACGCUGUCAUGAAUUAAUCUGUAUUUCUAAUGUCUUAUCACUCUCCCCAAGCAAUAUUGAUCUCACCCAGUUAAGCAUUAAAUGUCUUCCAUUUCGAAACAUUCACUUUACCGCUAGCCUGAUGUUACUGGCUAUGGAUUACAGUUGCCUCAUUGAUAUGGGGCUACGUCUUUGAUGGCACCUUUUCAAUAAAAGCACACUAUAGAUGAGUUGUGUUUAGUUUCUCAAGUUAGACUAUCUGAUGAAUCAAAGUUUGGGCCAGGGAUGGCGCUGUGAUUGAGUUUUGUCAUGAUAACUGGAGGUAAAGAUGUGAUGUGGCCCUUACCUUAUGUAACAAGAUUUAACGGUCGCUGUGAUUCGUUAUUUAAUUAUUUGCCAAAAUAGUUAGAAAAAAGGAUUUUUCAUUUACAGGACGAUUUUGUUUUACGUUUUUAAAAUAACCAUUAAAGAUUUAUUUGAGACAA